AAACAUGAAGCGACUUCAAAAUAACAAGGCCACACAAGUUUCAAGAACUUGACUAUGAGGGGAAUAGUCAAUGUUUCAUUGGUGGUUACAACCAUGCUGAUAUACAGAUGGAGGAUAUUUGGGAUAGAAUAAGUUUAGGUUACCCGGACUUUGUUGUAACGGUUACCGGUUGGUUGGACACAAUUCAGGUGAAGUCAUGGACCGCCAAACCGCUUCAUGUUAUAGUUAUGCCCCAUUCACACCAAGACCCAGGCUGGCUGGAAACAUUAGAUUCGUAUUUCUCCAUGUCUACUCAACCAACACUUGAUCUCAUGAUAGAGAAACUGACAACAAACCCAACCUGGUCGUUUAUAUGGACAGAGGUCGGCCUAUUACAAAUGUGGUGGACAAAGGCAACCAAUAAACAAAAAUCAUUGUUUAAAAGUUUAGUGCAGAGGGGUCAGCUAGAGCUUGUAUAUGGGGCAUGGAUUAUGACAGACGAGUCUGUGGCUCACUAUGGUGCCAUGCUUGACCAGCUUACAGAGGGACAACUGUGGCUAAAACACAACCUUAAUGUAACGGUAGAAAACAGCUGGGCUAUUGAUCCAUUCGGUCAUUCAUCUACCAUGCCUUAUUUACUUGGUCAGUCAGGGAUUCAAAACAUGGUAAUACAACGGGUGCAUUAUGCAGUAAAACGACAUUUUGCUGAACAGAAGGAUUUUGAAUUCAUCUGGCGACAGAAUUGGGACGACACAGGUACAACGGAUAUAUUUUGUCACAUGAUGCCGUUCAUGUUGUAUGGCAUACCUUAUUCAUGUGGACCAAAUCGUCACGUCUGCUGCAAAUUUGACUUUCAUCAGAAACAAUGUUUCCAUGGGAAAAAACAUACUGACGUGUUGCAUGUUACGAAUGAUAAUGUCGCUGAAUUAGCAAAUGAAUUGUGGGAGCAGUUACAGAUGAAGUCCGAAUUGUUUCGGAGUAACGUUCUCCUGUUGCCGCAUGGCGACGACUUCCGGUAUAAAACCACAGAAGAAUGGGACGAACAGUUUGAAAAUUUGCAGACAAUCUUUAAUUACAUCAAUGACAAACCUGAAAUGCAGAUGAAAAUAGAGUUUGGGACUUUGAAAGAUUAUUUUAAACAUUUACACAAAAGUAUGGGUAGAUAUAAAGCUGAUAAUGACUAUCCGGUACUGAGUGGGGAUUUCUUUCCGUACACCGACAGAAGUGACCAGUACUGGAGUGGUUUCUACUCGACAAGACCUCACUUCAAGUUUUUGGUCAGGCAACUUCAGCAAGUCCUAAGAUCUGCUGAAAUUCUGUUCACGUUUUGUAUGUCUUACCUAAACGUGAACACGAACAUGUGGGAUCUGUACAGUAAACUGGAGACGGUCAGACGAACACUAGCUCUGUCACAACACCAUGAUGCCAUCACUGGUACAAGUAAACGUCAUGUUAUGAAUGAUUAUAGUGAUAGGUAAUCCAUUAAAUAUAACUACUAGUAGUAACCCUAGGAACAUGUUUUAUAUAUCUUAAUUUGACUUUCCAAAUUUAUUUUUGUAACUGUCCAGUAUCAAUUUAGUUUGCACUAAUUUAAUUUUAGUCCAACUGAGUUGGAAGCUAUACUUAUUCAAACACUCUCGAAUCCGGUUAUAAAUCCAGAAAUUAAGUAUUAUAAUUAUUCAAGAAAAAUGAUUAAAAAACUAGGAAAAACUUACAAAAAAUACAAGGCUGAAGCAUCUGCUUUAAAUAGAUCGUUUUAGAGAUUUUUUCAAAAUGAUAAAAGGAGAACACGGAGAUGAAAUAACCAUGUAUAAAUGAAAGCAUUGAACAUCUUUUUGGUUAUGCCCAUUUUAUUACAAUUUAAAUAAAAAUAUUGUUUUUAACAGAAACACCUUAUUAGAUUUUGAGAUAAAUAUGUUUGACUAGAUUCCAUUCUCAAAAUCUAAUAAUAUGUUUCGUGUGAUUACUUGUUAUUUUAU